AUGGCGAAUAUUAGUCAGAUUGUAAGAGACCCCCAGGCUCAAGCUGCACUAAAAGCCAUGAAGGCAGCCUACCCUUCGACAGGAUCACCUGAUUUGACGCAAGAGGACAUUGGAAUCGUGUAUGGAGACGCCAUUCGUACAGCGGUCGCAAAGACAACUGUGCCUGCAGACAUGCUAAGCGAGAUUGUCUGGACGGAGUCUAAGGGGCAUCCGUUGGUCUACAACGGUUUGACACAGAUUGAUUAUGUGGCGUGGGGUCAAAUGGCGGACAGAGAUCCACAGCUCGACAAUCGGUAUCUGCCUACAUCCAACAUUGUAGCUGCGGCCAUGUAUCUGUCCGCCAUGAAACAGCGAUAUGGAUGUGCAUGGGAUGAUUGUUACCGCAAUCACUACCAAGAUCCCAAUCUGAAGAAAGGGGCAAGUUAUGAAUAG